AUGCUGAGGGCACCGCAGCUCCUCCGAACCCCUGCAAAGGAGACACACACACACCCCCCCCGGCGCCGGCAGCGACCCGAGAAGGGACCCGCCGCGGGGCCUCUCCCGCUCCGCCCGCACUCGAGCUCGCGCAGGGCCGGCUGCGUGCCGGCGGACAGCGCUGCCUGCGGGCCGCUCCCUGCUCCGGACCGCUCCCUGCUCCGGACAGCCGCUCCGCGCUGCCACCGCAGCCCCCGGACCCCAGUGCGCAGCCCCGCAGCCCUCCCCGCCGCACGCCUCCCGCCCAAGGCCCACCUUCCCGGCCGGGAGGCGGCGGAGACGCGGCCCCGCGUCCCUGCCCCGCUGCCCACAGCUGACAUGGCGGCCGCGGCGUCCCCCCUCCCCGCCCCGUCCUCAGCAGGGCCGACAGCGGCGGCCCUUCCUCGGCCAGCCCGCAGCAGGGCGGCGGCGGCGGCGGCUUCCGGCAAAGCCCUCUUGCCUUCAACAAAGAUGGUGCUCCCCGCGCAGGCUCCGCGGGCGCCGGGGCGCCCUGUGUAG